ACCAAGGAAUCAUCCAGGCUCGACCUGAAAAUACGCACGCUGCGACUACGACAUCAACAAGCCGCUCGCCAAAGACGUCCUGCUGGUCACCCGAUCGAUCAACUGGUCACCACCAAGUCGGCCGAAAACCGCACCCAGCCCCAGCCAGCGCAGUCCAAUCCACGCGCUCUGACCUCCGCCGAGCCUGCUCUUCUUCGACACUGCAGCCUGCCCCUCCAUACUCGAACAAGAGGUCCUCAGAAACCAGCAUUAAUCGCCUGUCAACAGAACUCAACAACCUCUGUCCCCAGACGACGAAGAAACCCUUUCGAACGUUUGUUGCACGAAAACGCAAUGGCGCCGUCUUACAACAACGGCCGUCGAGGCCCCAAUGUUUCGCAGUAUCUGCGUGACCUCAACACCAUCGAGGCCAAGGGCGCCCGCGAGGAGGAGUUCCGUUUCGAGGACGACCUCGCCAUGUUCACCAACACUCAGUUCUUCGACUUCGAGACGGGUCAGAACACUGACUACCAGGCUCAGCCUUCGAAGCCCGAAUCGGAGGUGCCCUCAAGCGCCGUCACCACUGUUGGUGAUGACCUCACAUCACCCCUCGGCGACCUCUCAAACCUUGACUUUAUGGCCACUGGCGAUUUUAACUUCGACAACUUCAACACAUACCAUGGCCCGGGCGUCCCGUCCUUCCACGAGGGCCUGGGCAACCUCCAGCCUCUGCAACCCAACCCCCAGCAGCACUACGCCCCGCCGCCAAUGCCCCAGCAGCAGAACGCGUAUGUUUCCCCGCCUACGCCGGGCGCUGGUGACAGCAGGAAGGGAAGCGUUGUGUUGAACCCCGUGAACAGACCCAUCCAGGGCUUUGAGGAGCACUCCCGCGUUGCCGCCGAGGAGGACAAGCGCAGGCGCAACACGGCCGCCAGUGCCCGCUUCCGCAUCAAGAAGAAGCAGCGCGAGCAAGCCCUCGAGAAGAGCGCCAAGGACAUGUCCGAUAAGGUGUCCGCGCUGGAGAGUCGCAUCAACCUCCUUGAGACGGAGAACCGAUGGCUCAAGAACCUCGUGAUGGAGAAGAACGACGGUAACGAAGAGAUCACGGCCAUGUUCAAGGAGUUCGACAGCAAGCACAAGGCCAGCAAGGCCUCCACCGCGUCAUCGCGCUCUUCCGACGUGAAGGACGAAGACUAG